AUGUCUGCUCAGACCCAGAUCCAAUCGUCAGAACGCGAUACCGGGAUCAGCCGUAUGACCAAAAGGCAAAUUCGUCGCACUCGUACUGGUUGCAAGACGUGCCGUCGACGCAGGAAGAAGUGCGACGAAGAGCAUCCUUUCUGCCAAAACUGCAUGAAGUCCACGUACAGGUGCGAAGGGUAUGAUGUCCCAACGACAUUCGAGACUGGCGGUACGAAAAGGAAAGUGAAAAGAAAACCGGUACCUGGAUCAACGUCGUUCGAGGCCCAGCUGAUGCUAUAUGAUACAAAUUCACGCGCCGGAUACGAUUAUGACGAGUUCAUCAACUACACUUCAUCGUCUUCAGAAGAAUUCCCCAUCUCCGAUGCGCAAGACCUGCAUGUCUACACAAGGCAGUUGGAUGGGAAUAUAGAGGUCACGUAUGACCCGUUUGAUCCAAUAUCGUACUAUGAAGGGAUACAGCCCCUAGAAAACUACCAAGAGUUUCUCCCGCCGCCAGAACUCCCGUUCCCGAUCAGAGGCAUAAACACUCCUGUUCGGCGACGACUCUACUCCCACUUUACGAGUAUAUUAUCACCUCUUCUCACGACCUGCCCCGGAGUAACGAAUCCGUUCAACUCAAUCGUAAUACCUCUGGCACUCAGCGACGAAACCAUCAUGGACAGCAUCUUGAGUCUUGCCGGCUCGCAUCUUCUGAAGUUGCAGCCGUCCGUAGCCGACAUGGAGGUCAUUCAGGAUUCUCAGCGUCUGCACUCAAAAGUUGUCCAAAGCCAGUCUAACCGCGUCCGAGACUUAAGCUCGCACGCUUUGACAUACCACCCGUCACGCGAAGACCGCACACUGGAGGUUAUAUUCGCCACGUCUCUCUUACUCUGCCUCUAUGAGAUAUGCGAAGGCAGUGGUGGCAAUGCCUGGCAUGAACACCUGAGCGAUGCCGAGAAGAUAAUCACUUUGGCCACUACACCCUCGCAGAUAUCGACCAUGGGCCCGGCCCCGCCCCCCAACCUUUCGGCGAUCAUCGAUCCCUUCCUGCUGGAGUUCUACCUCUAUCACGAGUCGCUCGCUACCGUGACCGUCCCGUUCAACCCGACCAAGACGACCCAACACCAGCGAAUCGCGGACCUCCUCUAUCAAGAACCGUCGCUCGUCGGCGUCCAAGACGGCCUCCACAAUUUCGUGACUCGGAUCUCGGCUCUCCGCAGCGAAGCAGAGAGCAGCCAGCGAGACGCCCACGGCCGACCCGACGGCCACGUCGUCAUCAAGGCCGAGAACCUCUUCUACGACCUGGAAGCCUGGCGGCACCCUCCGCAGCUCCCCGCCUCGAGGCCGCGCAACCUCAUGACCGGCUUCUACCAGACGGCCCUCAGCAUCUGGCUCUUCUCCAUCAUCAACCCGGAAUGCCGCAGCGAUCCGGUGAUCCAGGAGGCGGUGGGGAACAUCGUGGCCGGUAUGGAGCAGAUCGGUCCUCGGGACGGGGUGCUCGCUUGCAUGCUGUUCCCGCUGUUCGUCGCUGGCUCGGCGGCCAUCACCACGGAGCAUCGCAAGACCAUCUCGGCUCAGUUCCGGAGGUUGAAGGCGUGGAGCGCCUUGGGAAACAUCGACCUGACCUUCCGCGUCGUGGAGAAGAUGUGGAGGGAUCACGAUAGAGGGCUGAGAGGGAGCUGGGACUGGGUCAAGCAACUGGAGCACACCAGUCUCCUGGUUACCUGA